UGUCUUCUUUCUCAACAGGGGAACUGCCCUCUAGGGAGACGUUCCCUGCCUGGGGUCUCCUUAUGUCAGGGACCAGGUCACCCUUACAGCAGGAGGAUGGUCAUUAACAACAGUAAUGUCUUCAGUGUUCGCUUCUUCCAAACCACGGCUGUGUGCAAGAAUGAUGUGAUUACAGUCCAAACCCCAGCGUUUGCAGAAUCAGUUACAGAGGGAGAUGUGAGGUGGGAGAAAGCUGUUGGAGAUACAGUUGCAGAAGAUGAAGUGGUUUGUGAGAUUGAAACUGACAAGACUUCUGUGCAGGUUCCGUCACCAGCGCACGGCAUCAUUGAAGCUCUUUUGGUACCUGAUGGGGGCAAAGUUGAAGGAGGAACUCCACUUUUCACACUCAGGAAAACUGGUGCUGCUCCUGCUAAGGCCAAGCCAGCGGAAGCUCCUGCUGCAGCCCCAAAGGCAGAGCCAGAGGCACGGGCAGCCCCUCCUCCCCCCGCAGCAGCCAUCCCCACCCAGAUGCCGCCAGUGCCCUCCCCCUCACAACCUCCUUCCAGCAAGCCAGUUUCUGCAAUAAAACCUGCUGCUGCCCCUCCACUGGUUGAGCUGGGAGCUGCUAAAGGUGUGCGUUCAGAACAUCGGGAAAAAAUGAACAGGAUGCGGCAGCGCAUUGCUCAGCGUCUGAAGGAGGCCCAGAAUACAUGUGCAAUGCUGACUACUUUUAAUGAGGUUGACAUGAGUAACAUCCAGGAGAUGAGAGCUCGGCACAAAGACGCCUUCCUGAAGAAACAUAACCUCAAGCUAGGCUUCAUGUCAGCGUUUGUGAAGGCCUCAGCCUUUGCCUUGCAGGAACAGCCUGUCGUAAAUGCAGUGAUUGAUGAUGCAGCCAAAGAAGUGGUGUAUAGAGAUUAUAUUGACAUCAGUGUUGCGGUUGCUACCCCAAGGGGUCUCGUGGUUCCUGUCAUCAGGAACGUGGAAACUAUGAAUUAUGCAGAUAUUGAACGGACCAUCAGUGAACUAGGAGAGAAGGCCCGAAAGAACGAACUUGCCAUUGAAGAUAUGGAUGGUGGUACUUUCACCAUUAGCAAUGGAGGAGUUUUUGGGUCACUUUUUGGAACACCCAUUAUCAACCCCCCUCAGUCUGCCAUUCUGGGCAUGCAUGGCAUCUUUGACAGGCCUGUGGCUGUGGGAGGCAAGGUGGAGGUGCGACCUAUGAUGUAUGUAGCCCUGACCUAUGACCACCGGCUGAUUGAUGGCAGAGAGGCUGUGACUUUCCUCCGGAAAAUCAAGGCAGCAGUAGAGGAUCCAAGAGUCCUCCUCCUAGACCUUUAGGAGGAAGCCACACCCCUACCUAUUGAUCAUGCAGGAACUGAAACCAGUCUUCUCCCUGUCCCCUCAUCAGUCCCAGGUUAGCCUGAUGACAGGCAGGCACCAUACUGUUGGCCUCAAGCAAGGAAGCCAGGGCACUAUGUAACCAGCUUUCACAGGUCUUUUCUUAGUGUUCCUUCCAGACUCUUCCUCUCUCUCUCUGCCUCCCUCUCUUGCCUUCUGAGAUCUUGGGCCUGAGAGAGGGAGAGAGGGAGAGCCUUAAUGGAUGCUCAUUAAUAUUCCUGCCUUUCUUCCAGCCCUCAGCAAAGACAGUUUCGCUUCUCCCCGGUAACAGUAUACUACAGGGAUACCACCAGGGACCAUGUGAUUGAGUUUCUAUCUUUGGAAAGUGUUCUCCAGAGAUGCCUGGGGGUGCUCUGCCUCCCAGGCUCGAAGCCUCUGCCCGGCUGUGCACAUUCCCAUGGGAUGCCACCUGUGUGGAGGUGUUGGACCCAGGCCAAGAGGCGCUGCUUGGCUUCUUAACUCACCACCGUUCUGAGCUGUCUGUCCAUGGCUUCAUGGUGCCUCUCUACCUCUUCCAGGAAGCACAGGCCAGGGGACUCGGGCAUAGGCAGGAUGGUGCAGAGUCCCCUGAGGUUACCUGUUAUAAUCACAGACGGGAGUAGAACCCUGGCUUGCCCUCACAGACUCCAUUGUAAGCUCACUGGGAAGAUUGAUUUUGGCAUAAUCCUGUAUACCUGUGGUCAUACCAACCCUUCCCGGGGUUCUAGGAAUCUAGGUCAUGGUUCUCAUUUGGAGCAGAUUUUAGCACAUCAUGGCAGUCAGACAGAGCCUGGUGAAGGGAUUGGCUCUGACCAGAUCAGGUUGUCUAGAGCUCUUAAGUUCAAGGUGGUAUCAGCAUGUGAUGGGAAGGGGCUGCUCUGUCCCUUUCUGGGUGUGGCCUGUGGGAAGCAAGGCCUUGGUACCUUUGGCUGGACACAGAUACAGGGGGAGGAUGGACUGGUGGGAACCAGCCUCAGGAGUUAGUGCAUAGUGAUGAAAUGGAGGAUGUCAUCUCUAAGGCACUGGCCUUUGGGUCCAGGCACAAUCAUUGGGAUUUCUUGACACAUGGUAAAAUGCAAGUAACUAGGUGUGAAAGCUCCUAGGCUUUGUAUCCAGCUGCACCGAGGCCUGAGACUGCUGGCAAUUGACAUGGGGCCAUUAGUGCUAACUAAUCCAGGACAAGCUGGGGGAGGGGAAGGCCAGUACUGAGUGCCUGCAGCAUCUGCUACUACAUCUUCACCAUUCAGAACUUGUAACUAAGGUAUUUAAAGAGACUGAUUUGGAAUGAAAAUUAAAGGGCAAAUGUUCUCAAACAGGGUUCCCGCAUCUGUGCUCCUUUGACCAGCCUGUACAGCCCCCAGUUGGCAACCACGAUGUCUAGAUGCCUACCGUUGAAGCUCCUUCACCUGGAGUUGGCUAUCCUGGGUGUCCUGAGGCCCCAUCCCAGACUUCAGACAUGCUAGUGCUAUGCUAAUUCAACUGCCAGCAGGGGACCCACUAAUCUCUCAGUGCCUGGGUUCCUUUCAGGGAGCCCUAUGGUUCUGACAAGCCAACUCUUGAAGAGAAGUCGUAGCUUCAACCUAUGUGAAGCCCUUUAAAAACACCAGGGGACAGUUGCCCUUUGGAGGGGCCUGCAUUAUUUCUCAGAUAGAGUGGAGAGACAUGAACACUUCUAAUUUCAUUCGGACUUAGUUGCCACAUGUCUACCGAGAUGUUUGUGGUAGAAUGACCAGUGAGAGGUCACUCCUAAGAGCAGUAAUAUGUGAGGGACAAUGGUCAGGACAGGGUUGGUUACUAACCUAGAAUGACUACAAGGGAUAAUGGGCGUGAUGGAGUGCGGGCCUCAACACAGCCUUACUUUUCCAUACAGAAUCUCACCUGUUGUUCCUGCUUCCAGUGAGGCCUGAGGAGGCCUGUCACAGGAAGAAGUGGGGUCCUUAAGCAAUUGAGCUGGUAGAUGGGUUCAGCGAACCGUGUAUCGGGUGUAGAGCUUGAGGUGUGCUCCAGAGUUAAUGUUUCCAGUCAACUUCUGGAGUGGCUGUUCCAUUUUAUUGAAAAGCCAUACGUAAGCCCUGUCAGAACUGGGACUUGGUGUUCUAGAUUGAUGGCUCAGAAGAGGGCCGUAUGCACAUGGGUUGGCUAGGUGAGCCCAGAGUGGCUCGUGCUGCUUCAUAAAGCAGUGGCAGAAGCAGUCCAGCAUUGGGUCUACCACAGAAGGAACCCACACUUGUAGCCAGCUCCAGCGGUUGGUUCUAAGUUAACCUCUCCCCAGAACCUCUGUUUUCUUAGGAGAAUCUUCCAUGGGCUCAUUGGAGGUUAAGGUAGUGUUUCCUCAAGCACCGUGAUCUUCUAAGGUCUCUCUUCCCUCUCCGCCCUUUCCCAAGCCUGUUCUGUAGGAGCAGGAGCUGCUUCCUUGCAGGCCACUUUCACUGAACUAAUGAUGCCAAGACACCACAGAAAGAAGAGGCUUUAUUAGCAAGGGGGCAGACCCCAGGGGCUGCUAGGAUUCUGGUCACGGAGCGUAGAGCUUUCCUUGUCCUCUGCUCCAGACUUGGAAACAGGAAUCUGUCAAUGUGUACCCCCCCCACACACACACACACACAAGUGUUUGGUGAGUUCCCCAGUUGGUGAAGUAUGCCAGAUGCCACCUGUGGUGUUGAUCAAGUGAAGUUUUGCUGCAUGUGCCACACCCCAGCGACUGGGUUGUCCUGAGGCCAGCCCUCACACCUAGGGAAGGGGAUGUGGUCUGGAGAUACCAACUUAGCCAGUUCUUCAGAGGCCAGAAAUACCUGGCCAGAAGCCUGGGUAAAAUUGCUCUGUAUGUUCUGUGGUGUCUCAUUUUAAAAGUCAGAACGGGCAGUGAAUUGAACAGAGCUUCAUACCAAAAUGCAGAAUGGAAAAGAACACCUGAGAAAGAAUCUUCUGUUGGUCCUGUGGGGCAGACUCUUCUGACACAGGAGAGCCAGCCAGAGAAUAAAGCUCUUUAUUCUAUUUUCAAACGCA